AUGAUCCCCGACCUCGUAUCCAAGCUCCUCCAUUUCUACCCCGUGGGGGCGGAGGAGGCCAUCACCGUCUUCGUCCCGUCGGACGACACAGAGUACGAUUGGUGCGAAACGGAGCGGCCGGAGGUCCGCGUACUGACCGGCCGGGUGGAUCGGGAGUCGUUCGGACCGGGCGGGCUGUCCCACGGGUCGGUCCUGCAGGCCCGAGAUGGCGGUGGCAGCCCGAUUUGGGUCAGGGAUUGGCACAAGUACGAUGACGUCCGCCGCCUGGUCGUGGAUUGGGGUUUGUACGAUGACGGCCGCCGCCUGGUCGUGCACGGGAUGCGCGGCCGGUUGGUCCGUCCGCGCAGAUGGGUGCGGAUCGUGCCGGGGUGGUUGGUCAUCAAGGGUCUGAUUGUGGAGAAGAGAGGACCGCGGGACCCUCGUUGCCCCGACCCUGACCCGGAUAUGAUGCCGAAAGGCAAGGAGGAGGAGACCUACAGAAGCAAGUAUGUCCGGCGGGUGGAUGGCGGCCCACUUCCAGCAUUGUUGCAUAACGGCCCAGUCCCAGCAUUCCAUUGCGACCGUAAAAAUUGCUACUAG